AUCCACAGGCCGGACGGACUCGACCCGGGACGAUGGACGACGUUCCCCCGCUGAUCCACCUCGCCAUCGCGCUGAAGAUCCAGCCCAACGACGGAGCCGUGUUCUUCAAGGUGGACGGAAGCCGCUUCGGUCAAAGCCGAACCAUCAAACUGCUCACGGGCUCCAAGUACAAGAUCCAGGUGGAGCUGAAGCCCGGGACCGUGGAGGCCACCAACAUGAACAUCGGAGGCGUGGUCUUCCCUCUGGAGCAGCAGUCCAGGGACCAGGACUCGGUGGUGUAUCACGGGAAGUACGACACGGAGGGCGUCCCGCACACGAAGAGCGGAGACCGGCAGCCUGUCCAGGUCAGCAUCGAGUUCAACAAGGCGGGGACAUUCGAGACCGUCUGGCAGGCUAAGUACUACAACUACUACAAGAGGGAGCACUGCCAGUUCGGGAACAAGUUCAGCAACAUCGAGUACGAGUGCAAGCCCAACGAGACACGGACCCUAAUGUGGAUCAACAAGGAGACGUUCAACUGAGUGCGUCCGUCCCCCCAGCGAACACCAGCCGCAGGACGUGGACCAGCUGGGUCCAACCUCAGCAUCAGUCAAAGGACACCGCUGGUAUCUGUAUUGUUUUAUGAUUAAUGGGAGAAAAUAUCUGUAGCAUCUGUCGGAGGUUUUCAAAAUGUUUUUAUUUCAUUUAGAAUCUUUGUUGGUUCUGGCAGCUUCACAGCUAAAUGAGAACAGUUUGAAAACCAUCAGUUAUACUCAAAGGGUCAAAGUGGAGUCCACCCAGGAAA